UUUGCGUCACUGUCGGUAGAUGACGCGCCGGUGCUAACCUAAAUUCAAGGUUUUGUUAUUGAUUUUGAUAUUUUAAAUAAGAAGUGAAUUCUGUAUUACAAUAACAUCGGAAGCGCCUGGUGUUUGUUAAUUUAAUUAACGCAGAUUAUUAUGUCCGAUCUGAGAAAACGCAAAGAAUCCGAUGCCAAGGCCCCCGAAUCCGCUGAAAGUGACCAUGUGGACAGUGAGGACGACAAGCUUGGAGCCUCCGUAAACUUGUCCAAGUCGGUGCCCACGGGCACUGACAAGGCGCCCUCAGUCCUCGAGUUCUUCCUGCAGGACUUGCCGGAGAAAUGGCGCAAUUGGGUGGUCCGGGGCAUUUUCAGUUUACUGAUGAUCUCAUUUUUCCUUGUGGUGAUCUACGGGGGACCCCUGGCUUUAAUGAUUACUACCUUAGUUGUACAAGUUAAGUGUUUCCAAGAAAUUAUUAAUAUAGGGUAUGCUGUGUACCGGAUCCACGGUCUUCCUUGGUUUAGGUCGCUGUCGUGGUAUUUCCUCAUCACUUCGAAUUAUUUUUUCUACGGGGAGAACCUCGUCGAUUAUUUCGGGGUUGCAAUAAACAGGACUGAUUUCCUGCGAUGGCUCGUGACAUAUCACCGCUUUAUCUCGUUUUGUCUCUACUGUGGGGGCUUUGUAUGGUUUGUGCUCAGUCUAGUCAAAAAAUAUUACAUGAAGCAGUUUUCUCUCUUUGCUUGGACUCACGUCGCUUUGCUCAUCGUUGUCACGCAGUCUUAUUUAAUUAUUAAGAAUAUUUUCGAGGGACUUAUCUGGUUUAUAGUCCCGGUCUCGAUGAUCAUUUGCAAUGAUAUAAUGGCGUAUGUUUUCGGGUUUUUCUUCGGGAAAACGCCGCUUAUCAAAUUAUCGCCGAAGAAAACAUGGGAAGGCUUCAUCGGGGGCGGAAUCUCCACAGUUAUUUUCGGGGUUAUGAUAUCCUACGUUAUGUGUCAAUACCAAUACUUCGUAUGUCCCAUCGAAUACAGCGAGACUUUGGGCCGUAUGACCAUGGAGUGCGAACCCAGCGCCCUUUUCCGACCCACUGAAUACAGCCUCCCGUCUUGGCUUUCAGGGGUCUUGGGUGUUUUCGGCGUUUCCAACACCAUUUCGCUCUAUCCCUUCGUGUUGCACUCGCUGUCUUUGUCGGUUUUCAGCAGCGUGAUUGGGCCUUUUGGCGGCUUUUUCGCCUCGGGCUUCAAGCGGGCGUUUAAAAUCAAGGAUUUUGGAGAUAUAAUUCCGGGUCAUGGGGGGAUCAUGGAUCGGUUCGACUGCCAGUUCCUGAUGGCGACUUUUGUCAACGUUUACAUUACGAGUUUUAUUCAGACGGACAGUCCGCAGAAACUGCUGUCGCAGGUGCUGUAUUUGAAGCCGGAGCAGCAGCUCCAGCUGUUCCACAUGCUGAAGGAGUCCUUGGAGAACCGGAAUAUUUUAGAACUUAACAAUUAAGUUAUUUAUUUUGUGUAUACUUGUUUGUGCCAUUAUUGUUAUGUUUCAUAAUUUUAAAUGAACGGUAGGUGCCCUUCGAAUGUUUAGGAUUACAUAUUCUAAUAAAGUAAUUGUUUAUUAUGUAAAUGUAUAACGAUGUUUCACCAAGACUUACUAGGGAGGACGAGCUACGUAUUCUGCAAAGUAUUAUUGCAUGUUUGUUGUGUUUGUUAGUUUUAUUUCAGGUGGUGUCCCAGUGCAAUCAUUAAGUUCACAUUCCUUUAAGCUUUUUCUACAUUAUGGUAUAGAGUAGCGAGGCCCGGAUUAGAAACUUUAUAUUUAUAUAAUAGCUGUGUAAAUCUGUUGUAUGUAUUUUUUUGUCAGUGUUAACACCGAAUAAACUUAUGUACAAA